AUGAAAUUUUUGCUUCCUAUUCUUGCGUCUUGCCAGAUUUUCUUCGGCUACGAUCAUAGAGACUAUGGCGUGUCCAGUAGAAGAUACAGAGAUACUGAAGGAUCUGGAGAAGAACCUGGUGACAGUACGAUCGAUUCUUGCUGCAGUAGUUUUUCAAAUCGAGAUCCGAUUUAUGUUUUUGAGGGAGAAGCGACGACAAAGCCGGAAUUUCCAGUUAUUGCUUCAUUAGCCUGUUUAUGCGAAGAAUUCAUUCUUUCAGUUAAAUUUCUGGCAAAGAGCACUGGAUUGAUACUGUCACUGGAAAACGAAGACGAGAAUUUGAUCGAAAUAGCUCAAUCUGGGUCGAAAACGAUCACUGUUUCGACUGGCUCUAGCUAUGGAAUAUCUCAGACUUCUUCCUCCGUUACCUCCGGAGAAGAAAUUUCCAUCGAAAUAUUUCUCGAGACCAAUAUCAACAACGACCCAGAACUGUCUGUUUAUCUCGGUGGAGCUAGAAUUAUAAAACUGGAGACGAUAGAACUCCUUGCUUUUCAAAAUAUACGAUUUGCCACUUCUGCUUCUUCUCCAGUGACCUUUACCGAAAUCAAACUUCAAAAUGCCCACAACGAUGAGGUCGCGGGGGACGAAGGGGCUGAGAACAGAUUUUGCUCGGAGGAUUAUCCGCUCCGUGGCGAGUCAUGUUCUAGUUGCGACGGCAUUUGGGACGACGUUAACGCGCUUUGCGGGGUUAUCGGUCAACACUGGCUUGGCUCGCGCCUCAAUGGGUAUUGUACAGAUUGCUCGACAGAGGGUAUUCAGUGUUACUGCGUAUGUUCAGAAGAUUAUAUUCAAACAUGGGUUAAAAGCGAGCAGCCUGAAUGUACACUCAAUGCUAUUUAUUGCCAGGAAUGUUCCGUAACUUCAGUACAGCGAGGAACGUCUCCGCCGAUUUGUGAAGAUUCCGAAGAUUGUCUCUCGCCGUCUGGAGUUUGUUUUGAAUCCGUGUCUGCUUACGAAGUCAACCUCGAUGGAGAGCGACGGAAUGUGAUUUCGCUCAUCUACGGAUGCGCUACUCAAGAGUCAUCAGAUCUCCAGGUCUAUUUUCCGCGAGAAGAAAGUACAGUGAUCACCCAGUCGACGGGGGUCAUUCAGAGCUCUGUUUACUAUACAGAUCCAAAUACCCUGGACACUGAGGAGCACAUUCUUUCGAGCCUCGAGAAAAAUGGCGGGAAGGAUACAUUAUCUUGCUUUGAAUGCAAAGUCGAGUAUUCUUUGGAUAUCAAUGAUCCAUGCGCGACCCCCAAGGAGGAAGAAACGAAGGUCAGACGAUGCGUUUUGGGAAGCUGCGAAUCAAAAAUUUUGGCGAUUGAAUCUAGUGGCAGGACCUUCUACUUCGCCGAAAGAGGGUGCACUAAAGACCCUGCUUCAAGCGUUCUGCCAGACACUCCUUCCCAAUUAUUUGCAGCAUCGACAUAUUGGCCCGAGCUUCCCUUUGUAGGAAUAAAUGUUUACAUAUCUACUUCGAUUCAUCCUCUGGGAAACGACGACACGAAUUAUAUUCUCCAAUCGGCAGAACUAUUCACAUGUUACAAGUGCCAAGGUAGCAUCAUGAAAUCAGAAGAGCCGAAAUUCGAUGGCAAUUUCUUCAACAGCGAAAUUGAUAAUUGCUGGAAACCUGGUUUGCUGACCGAAUUGGAUACAUGCGCAACGGAGUGUUUUACUCAAUUCUAUGCCGUAACGGUAGACGGAAACUACCAAGUGGAAAUCGGGCGAGGUUGCGCGAGGGUUGAUCCUGAGCUUUCCGUGGCAUAUCAUGGCGUCGAUAUCAUUUCGAAAACAUGUUCAAAAGAUGACGGAUCAUUAUGCAAUUCUAAAAGCCCCAUAGAAAUCGGGCUUGUUUACCAAAAUACUGAAAUCCUCGAAUGCUACACUUGCGAUACUGGUUUAGUCUCCCGCGAUCCUCUGAGCAGUUGUUUUACUGCUACAGAUGUCCCAGUUCUUCCCUGCCCUGAUUCUAGUUAUACGAAGUGUCGCCAAGAAACAUCAGUAUUUCAAAUCGAAGGGAUAACUUACUACUAUGGAAAAAGAGGCUGCGCAUCAUUAUUUUCCAUCGGAUUUGCUGAUGCCGAUAAUGAUCAACUCGAUCUCGGAGGCGUGGAAUACGAAUGUUACGAAAGAAGCUGUAACGAUACACCUGGCGAAUAUUCGGUACCUGAGUCGGUUAAUGUGACAAUACCAGAAAGCGAUGAAGUCUUGGAAAUGAAGUACACCCGAUUUAGUACAGUGAUGGAGACGGUUCUGGAAAAUGUCAAGCAAGCGACAGAGCGCUUUAAUGAAAAUUGCUACAGUCUCUUUACUGUUUACGCUGUUCAGAAGAAAAGCGAAAUUAUUUCGUGCGAGGUCUACAAUGUGGUCGAAGUCGCAGAUCUCAAGCAAAUUCGACAGCCAGAAUCACUGAAGCAGUAUUACAUUGAUUUUGGCAUUCGAACCCGCGGAGAAUUUGUUGUUCAAGCGGAGAAUGUGGUUGAACUGAAAGAUAGUGAACUAGAAACUGUGGCCGUGGUGGCGAAAACGAGCUAUGCUGGUCUAAGCAUUCUAUUUCCAAUUUGCCCCAAAAUCAAAAUUGUGCAAAUCAUUCGACAUGUAUUCUGGAUUAUCAUGCUACUGCUUGUCCUUUGCCUAACACUAGGGUUUGCUUACUGUGCUCCUACAUAUUCGUCUUUUUACGACAACAAAAAGAGCUUCAUCGACGACGAGUUGAAUGUUAUUCCCAUUAGCGGCGCAAUCGUGAGUGAAUCCAGUGACGUUCCUCGGUCGUGCUCAAUUUUCUCCGAUUCAAUCUUCCAGACAAAUUCGUUAUUCAGCGUGUGUAUAAAAGCCGACAUUCUCUUCGUCGACGAUGAAAUUUCCGCCACGAUGUUCGCUGAUCCCUUGAGCAUAAGUUGCAUCAGCAACGCUGAAAUCUUACUUCUUUGCCUCGCGGCCUUACUGAUCGGUUUCAAUGUUACAAUUUCGAUAAUGGCAGCCAACUCCCGCAGCUAUUUCUCCAAGUCCAUCAGGGUUACUACGCCUUUCUGCGACGAUGAAGACUUGAGCUACAAUAAUCGCUCGUGGUGGCUUUCUCGUCCUCAAACUGCUAUUUCCAGAUCUCUUAGACCUUGGACGGCGCGGACAAUCGGAACUAUUCCUGAGCGGCCUUGGACUGCUGAAUCAAGACUAUGGGUUUUAAAAGCUUUCAGAAAAACUAUUGCGACAGUAACAGUGAUGAACCCUCAAAAGCACAAUCCAAGACGAGCCAAACACUUUCGAUCUCUCUCAGUUCAAUCCACGGCCAUUCACGGCUGUUCCUGGCAAUACGCGGCCAAAUAUCUUCACGAGAAUUUCUCACCGCCUGCAAAGUUUGUCCGCCCGUUCAAGAAUUACUCCAGAUCCGCCAUAACUAUUCUCUCUGCAUAUAAGAGUGCUAAUAAAUGUUCUAUUCUUCAUUGA